AUGGCUCUCCGAACAACUAAAACAGACCUCCUAGUAAUCGGCGCAGGCCCCGCGGGCCUAAUGGCCGCGUGUUGGGCAAGCCAAUUUGUCACAUCCGACCCCAAUGGCAUGUCCACGCGGAUAAUUGAUUUGAAGGCCGCGCGCACGGCGACGGGGCAUGCCGAUGGGAUCCAUAGUCGCACGCUGGAGAUAUUUGAUAGUUUUGGGAUUGUGGAUUCGAUUAUCCGGAAAGGGGUGCAUGAGGUAGAGAUGAGUUAUUGGGGAGUCAACGCAGAGUCCGGAAGACUCGAGUGCCAGCAACGUAUGCGCUCGCAGCGGGAAGGCCUCUCACGGUUCGGCCAGAUGCUCCUGAACCAGGGCCAGGUGGAGCAGGUGAUGAUCAACUAUAUCCAUGAUCAAGGGCGCCUCUCAAUCGAAAGAAACAAGACGGCUGAUAAGAUCUACUUCACCAAUGACCCUACACACCCCAUUUCCGUCGAAGUAAAGAGCGUCCGCGCCGAUCGCAUGGUGGAUGCUAUACAAGAUGGCACUGCAGGCGAACAUGGCCACGCGGAGGUGACGGAAGUCAUCCAGGCGCAGUACGUGGUUGCGUGUGAUGGGGCACGGAGUCUGGUCCGGGAACAGCUCGGGGUGCCGUUGGAUUCGAAAUCUACGGAUUCGAUGUGGGCGGUCAUUGAUAUUGUGCCGAUUACCAACUUUCCCGACAUCCGCCAAUCCUGCGCCAUCCACUCAGACAAGUACGGCAGUAUCAUGACCGCGCCUAGGGAGAAUCGUCUCGUUCGGUUUUAUCUCCAACUGACGGGGGGUUCUGAUCUCGAGAAGGAAGCCCUGGAGCAGACGGAGGAGAAGUCGCCAGACGCCAUAAUCCAACUGGCUCAACGGAUCAUGGAGCCGUACACGCUGAAGUAUGAGUACUGCGACUGGUGGUCGAUAUAUCCGGUAUGA